GCGGCGGCCAGACCCGGUCGGCGGGCGGGCAGCGGCCCCGGCCCGCGUCUGCGCCCCUCGCUCGUCCGCGGCCCCUCCGGGCGCCGCCGCGCGCACAGCCAUGGUGGGCCGGCUGAACCUGCAGGAUGUGCCCGAGCUCGUGGACACGAAGAAGAAGGGCGACGGCGUCCUGGACAGCCCGGACUCGGGGCUGCCCCCCAGCCCCAGCCCCAGCCACUGGGGGCUCGCGGCGGCCGGGGGCGGCGGCGGCGGCGGGGAGCGCGCACCGGCGCCCGGAGCGCUGGAGCCCGACGUGGCGGCGACCCCCGCGGUCCCGAGUCCGGCCUCGCUCCCCACCCCUCCGGCCUCCGCCUGCACACCGAGGCUCUGCCCCCUGUCCUUCGGCGAAGGAGUGGAGUUUGACCCUUUACCACCGACGGAAGUAAGGUACACCUCCUCGGUCAAGUACGACUCAGACCGGCACUUCAUCGAUGACGUCCGCCUGCCCCUGGGCCUGGCCGUGGCCUCCUGCAGCCAGACGGUCACCUGCAUCCCCAACUGCACGUGGCGCAGCUACAAGGCCGAGCUGCGCUUCGAGCCCCGCCACAAGGCCACCCGCUUCCUCAGCACCACCAUCGUCUACCCCAAGUGCCCCAAGACCGUCUACACCACCACCCUGGAUUACAACUGCCGCAAGACGCUGAGGCGGUUCCUGUCCAGCGUGGAGCUCGAGGCCUCCGAGUUCCCGGGCGGCGGGGAUUACCUCUCGGACGAGUGCUGACUCAGCAGGCUGCCGGGCGGGCCAGCUCCUCCUCCGCCCUGGUCACCGCCCUGGUCUCCGCGCCCCGCUGCCCUCCAGUCUCACUCGUGCCCCCAGGAAUCUAACCUAGAGACACCUCUAAGCCCGGCCUGGGGAAGAAAAAAAUGUCACGGCAUCUCAGAGUGAUCGAGAGAAUUUGGUUUUUUAAAAUGCUUUGUUUUGAAAA